UUUCUAUUUAUUGAUUUCAUUCCAAAUUUCCAAUUUCCAACUUCUACACAACGCAGAUUCUCACUCUACGGAUGAACGGUAGCCACAUCCAUGGCGUCUCUUCUAGCCAACGGUGUUUCACACUUCUCCCCUCAGUCUCCUCCUGAAACAACGAAAGCCCUGAAAGGAUUUUCUCCUAAAUUCGAUGCUUUGAAAACCUUAAAGCCCAGGAGAAGCACUGGUUCCAAGUUCUUGAAGGUCAGGGCGGAUGUCGGUUACGAAUCUAAAACCAUCGCCCCCGAUCAAAAUCCAUCACCGGGUAAGCCCUCCCGUCCCGUUUCCGAUGAUCCAAUACAGAAAUUCCUUAAAAGGGAUUACAAAUGGGGUUUCGUUUCCAAUAUCGAAUCGUCUGCCAUCCCAAAAGGUCUCUCUGAAGAGACAAUUCGGUUGAUUUCUGCGAGGAAAAAUGAACCGGAGUGGAUGCUUGAAUAUAGGUUGAGUGCAUUCGAGAAGUUCCUUAAAAUGGAUGAGCCCAAGUGGUCGGACAAUCGAUACCCUCCUAUCGAUUUCCAGGACAUCUGUUACUACUCGGAGCCGAAGAAGAAGCCAUCGCUGAACAGCCUCGAGGAGGCUGAUCCGGAGCUUCUCAGGUAUUUCGAUAAAUUGGGUAUCCCACUGAAUGAACGGAAUCGACUGGCUAACGUCGCCGUUGAUGCAGUCCUCGACAGUGUCUCCAUUGCCACGACCCACCGGGAGACGUUAGCGGCCGCUGGUGUGAUCUUCUGUUCUAUAUCGGAGGCAAUUAGGGAGUACCCGGAUUUGGUUAGAAAGUAUUUAGGCAAAGUUGUCCCUUCUGAUGACAACUACUACGCUGCCUUGAAUUCUGCGGUAUUUAGCGAUGGGUCAUUCUGUUAUAUCCCCAAGAACACCAGGUGCCCCAUGCCGGUCUCGACCUACUUCCGGAUAAACGCAUUGGAGACUGGGCAGUUUGAGAGGACGCUUAUAGUUGCCGAUGAGGGGAGCUUCGUAGAGUAUUUGGAGGGCUGUACUGCGCCUUCUUAUGAUAGAAAUCAACUUCAUGCUGCUGUUGUCGAGCUAUACUGCAUGAACGAUGCAGAGAUAAAGUACUCCACAGUCCAAAACUGGUAUGCAGGUGACGAGGAAGGGAUUGGUGGGAUUUAUAAUUUUGUUACGAAACGGGGCCUCUGUGCUGGAGCUCGCUCGAAGAUAUCAUGGACCCAGGUGGAGACGGGGUCUGCCAUUACUUGGAAGUACCCAAGUGUUAUUUUGGAGGGAGAUGAUACAGUGGGGGAGUUCUACUCCGUAGCGUUGACAAAUAAUUACCAGCAAGCAGACACCGGGACCAAGAUGAUACACAAGGGGAAGAACACAAGAAGUAGGAUCGUCUCAAAGGGUAUAUCAGCAGGUAAUUCACAGAAUUGUUAUAGGGGGCUUGUUCAGGUGAUGUCGAAGGCAGAGAAUGCUCGAAACUCUUCACAGUGCGAUUCCAUGCUUAUUGGAGAUAAUGCCGCCGCUAACACUUAUCCUUACAUCCAGGCAAAGAAUCCCACUGCUCGCAUUGAACAUGAGGCUAGCACCUCUAAAAUUGGUGAAGAUCAACUAUUCUACUUUCAACAGAGGGGCAUUGAUCAUGAAAGAGCGAUGAGAGCAAUGAUUUCUGGUUUCUGCAAGGAUGUGUUUGACAAGCUCCCUGAUGAGUUUGGUGCUGAAGUGAAUCAGCUUAUGAGCUUGAAGCUUGAGGGAUCUGUUGGUUGAGCCACCAGUUAUGUAUCAUUCACAGUUAACACUUAUUAUACUCAAAUCAGAUCUCACUUAACCUUUCACAGAAAAUUAUACUUUAUUGUACUAGUUACUGAUAAAAAGCUCUCUUGUUGUGGUCAUCUGUAAGUAUGGGAUAUGAGUUGUUUCUAUAUGUAGCAUUCUGUUGAUUGAGCGGCUAAAAUAAGCUGUUUUCUUUUUUAAUUGCUGUUCUUAUGAUUUUUCUGUAUUUUUAUGAUAACAAAAACGCCUCGGAUACUCUUUUAUAGAAA